GACGUCAUCACCCAGGUACCUGACAACAUGGAAGCUGACGACGGCGUCGCCGCUGUGGCUGGCCAUGGGGCUCUGGGCUCUCGGGCGGCUGCAGCUACAGUCCGGGAGCUUCUGCAGGACGAGUGUUACAGUGAUUUUUUAAAUGAAGACUUUGAUGUAAAGACUUAUACGUCCCAAUCUAUUCAUCAAGCUGUAAUUGCUGAACAACUAGCAAAACUCGCCCAAGGAAUCAGUCAGUUGGAUAAAGAACUACACCUACAGGUAAUUGCAAUCUUCUGGAUCAUACAGAUUGUUCAGCCUAAAGUGAUGUUAUCAUUUUAUAAUCCUUUUAUUAUUUAAUCUAAAUGCAUGUUUAUAUAAACAAAUGUAUAACUUAC